AUGCUUCUCUGGCCAGGAAAUAUGAUCAUCUGGGCGCACUGAGCAGAGAAUGUGGGAUGCGGCAGCAGUGCGGGCUACAGUGGCUCCAUUCAGACUGAAACUCCGGCCCCCCUGAAACUCUAUCAGUGGCAUGUUGCUUUCAAACGUGAGGUCAUACCAAGGCAACCAAGAGAGAGCGCCUUUCUUGCUAGCUUCAGGAUUCACAGGAGAGCUGCCUCUUGCAGUGAUUCCACUGGAUCAGUCAGCGCGCACUUGAAAGUUCAGUAGCCUAGAUCCGGUAGCUGCAUCCUGGGAGGCUGCAUGCAGCAAACAUGAGUGCUACUUCCGCCAUAAAAUGCUGGGGUGCCAGAACGUUCUUCAUCCCUGCCAAUGAAAGACCCACAAAUUCUCAGCACAAAGUAACAGCUACUUGCGCCCCUCGCCAUAGCACUCAGUCCGCGCUUCAAUUUCACGCAAGGGAGCUGAUCAAGAGUCCUAAGACCCUGCCGCAAACGAAAAUCCAUACAAGGAAAAGCAUCCACUUGGCCUGUGCAGCAGAUGGAGCUCAGUCAGCACCUGCGAGAGAAAAGGUGCAGCCCUCUCCAGGAGGCUCUGCAGGCGAAGACGGAAUGUCUGCUGAUCUGCGCCACAUGCGGGAGGCUGGGCCCAUUGGAGAUUCUGCGGCUGGAGUAGCUGGGACUGUUGGCUCUGCAGAAGAACUGGAAGCAGCGGAUGAAACAGCAGAAGAGAUUGGGUCGCCAGCAAAGACUGCUAUUGCAAGUGACUAUGGCCCAGGGGCCUCAGCAUUGAACCCUGGUGUGAACAGCGCCGGCGAGAUCGACUACUCGAAAGCCACCGUCCAGCCAGGUGCCCGACCUCCUUCCGCAGCGGCCUCAGCUGCUCCGCGAGGUCGAGAGUCCCCGCUGCAAGAGACUGACACCGCACCUGCUGCGCAGGGCUUCUCAGGCCAAGAGAAUGGAUCCAAGCACGAGGCGAUGGCAGAAAACUUCGAAGCGCAAGCGACGCGUCACCCCGAGGCCCUGUCCGAUCAGGUCGACAAGGCACCUGGUUCGGGGAUGGACACCGCGGGAUCUGCAGCGGAGACUUCGGAAGCAGAGAAAACGAGCGAGGGCAACGUUUCGCUGGUUCCAGAUGAGGACCUUGCGGGCAGCAAGAGCACGGGUCAGGCGGAAGAACGGAAGGCUGAUGGGGGCAAGGAUUUGAACGAUGCGGUGGGGCCGACUCAUCAAGCGCUGUAGAGUCACGGUCGUGAACGCCAGAAUUGCAAAAUGCGGAGGGUGUCGUGUAGAACGUUCGAGCUAGAUCAAGUAAACUUGUGUAAGAUCCGGCGCUGGCAAAUAUGUAGCUGUCAAUAUCGCCGUCGGCGUUACCAGCUCCAAGUAUUGACGGUAAGUCUCAGAUUUGUAAUCUUAUAUAGCUCACUUUAAGCAUGGCAGCCCCAUAUGUGUAUCAUGCUCUUUGCGCGAUUUGUCACGGAGCUUGACCUCCGCAUGUGUGUGUG